AUGGUUUAUAAUUAUGAAAACCACCAUUAUGUUUGUAUUGAAACAGCGGAAACAAUCGCACGUGUUUGUAAUGAACAAGUUGAUAGUAUUAGAUUACAAAAUUUAGCUACGGUUAUGUCAUUAUAUUCACAAGAAAAGUUUGCUAGUACAGCAUCACAAUGGGCCAAAUGUGUUGUCAAAUAUCUAACGGAUGUUUAUGCACAAUAUGCAAUUAGUUGGAUAACAUUCUUGAGUGAAGUAUUAGAAAAGGGUCCUGUUUAUCUUCAACCUUCUAUAUUAGAUAUAUUUCAUUAUCUUGUAAUGUUAAUUGAUACAAAAAACAUUGAUUAUACUUCAUUUAACAAUGAACUUGUUCGUACAUUAUGUAAAUACGUUAGUACUAUACAUUAUAAAGAUGUGAUGAAAACAUUAAAAUUAUUAGUGACAAGAUCAUCAACAUUAUCAACACCAAAACAUUUUACAAGCAGUAGUUGUUAUAAUCAACAACAAGUACGUUCAAUUAUGUCACAAGUAGAAUUUUUUGAAGAUACACCAAGAAGUAUUGAACUACCAGGUCGUACACUUGAUAUUGAUUACAAUCUAAGUCAAUUAAUGAAUAUUAUAAAAACAAAUAAUUCAGUAAAACUAUCAAAU